UUCAUUGUUUGUUGUUGUGCGAUUUCUAACAGGAAUCUUUUUGAAAUUUAUAACAGAAAAUAACAAAAUUAUACAAUGAAUGUAAGUGAAGAAGAAGAGGAAAUAAAAAUCGAGUAUUUUGAGUCAUUUGAAGUGGACCCAUUGUGCGAAAACAUUACGAAAUGCGGCACAAAAGUUACGAUACCAUCAAAUAAUCCUGAUGAAAAUAUAAAUCAACAAGAAAUGAUAAAUCUUAAGAACGAUUGCAGGGAAAAACAUAAUUGUGAACAACAUGUAAAUAAUGAAAAUAUUUUCCCUGUGGGCACCGAGACAUGGUACAAGAACAUAGAUAGCCAAGGACGAUACCUCUGUAAAUUCUGUGAUAAUACUUAUUCAACGAUCCAAACUGUCCGACACCAUGUCAAGACUAAGCAUAGUGAUAAAUGGAACGAAAUGAAAAGUAUCAGGAUAAUUAAACUAAGAACAUCUAAACUAAAAUGCCACAUAUGCAAGUAUCUAUUUAAAAGCACCGUUACAUUACAAGAUCAUAUAAAAUCUCAUGGUGUUGAAAACAUAAAAAAAUCUUGCUUCAUAUGUCAUGCAACAUUCAUCAACGAUACAGAAAUUUUAACUCAUUUGGUCAACGAACAUGAAUCUGUUAAACGGAGACUACAUUGCUGUAGCAUAUGCGGUUAUUCUACUCCUAAGCUGUCUCAUUUUAAGCAACAUGAGAAGACACAUUUAUGUACUAAUCAAAUAAAGUGUUCUAAAUGUGAUUAUUCUACAUACCACACCUCAAAUAUGAAGAUACAUGAGCGUAUUCACUUUAACUAUAAACCAUAUAUGUGUAUGUUUCCGGAUUGUGGGUACCGAUGUGCAACGAAGUCUGGGCUGUCCAGUCAUGAGUUGCAACAUGAGAAGGAGAGAAAGUUUAUUUAUUGUGAUAAGUGCAAUUAUAAGACUGUGUAUAAACAAAGUUUGAAAAAACAUAUUGAUAGUCAUCGGAGGAAUAGUUUGAAAUGUAAUUAGAUUAAUUUAGGAGUAUUUUAGCUAUUUUAUUUUUUGGUAGAAAUGCCGUUCUAGUUUCUUUAUUGUUGUAACGCAAGUGCGACUGCCGCGCAGGGGUCUCCGGUUUGCUUCCUUUGUGGGCCAAAAAGAAUGGUUUUUUUUUUUCAGAAUUACGUUGAUUCUCGUGGUAGCAUGGAGUCUACAAUUGUACCCGGUAAUUGCGAAUAGGCUCACCCUCUAUUACUUGGGACUUAUCAGCAUGACAUAACUGCUGAAGAAAGGCUGUUUAAUAUGGCGCUUAUCUCUUUUUAAAAAUAGAUAUUAAUUAUUAUGUUUUCGGUUUACUCACGUAACUGUUUGACGAGCAACUCGACUAGAUUCAAGCCAUGCAUAGUAUAGUAGGCUAGCUCAUAAUAGCAGGCUCAUAGUAUAGUAGCAGCGCGACAAUCGCUGUGUCGCGAAAUGUUGGUCAUAAAUAUGAGGCUCUUUUUUUUUAAGGGGGGAAAAUCAUCGAAUGGCUGCUCCCGCCUGGGUGA